AUGCUCCUAAAUAGAUUUGCAGGUGACGUUGUAGAUCUUGGUAUUAUUAGAGCUGGAGAAUUCAAAAAAGUUAAAGCGGUUUUGAACCCACGAGUGCAUUUGAUGUCUAAGGGUAAGACUAAUAGAUAUGUAUGGCAAGCCAACGAAGAGGAAGCAUUGUUAAAUAUCCUUGAUGAAUUAGUUGCGAGUGGUCAACUUUGUGACGCCGGCACAUUCAAAGCAGGGGCGAUGAAAUUGGUAGAAACUAAACUCCGAUUAUUGAUCCCACAUACACCUAUUAGAGUUAAACCCCAUUUGAAUUCUAAAUUGAAGAGAUUGAAGAAAGAUUAUAGUAUUGUUGUUGACAUGUUAAACCAAAGUGGUUUUGCUUGGAAUGAUGAGAAGAAAUGUGUAGAGGUUGAUAGCGAAGAAAUUCUUCACAGAGAUGCUGUUGGGUGGAGAGAUAAAUCUUUUACAAAGUUUGAUAGGCUUUGA